AUGAAAAUUUGGACAUCUGAACAUGUAUUUGAACAUGAUUGGCAAACAGUAGUAAAUGCUGCGUGGCGGAAGUAUCCGAACCCUUGUAAUAGCGGUGUUACGGCUAUGGAUAUUGUCUCCCAAAAAGUAGAAGAAGGUGUUAUCCAUUCUGAAAGAGUCAUCCAGUCACAUUUUCACAUUCCUUCCUGGGCUACGAAGUUAACUGGUUUUUCUGGUACUCAAUAUUCCCAUGAAUACAGCACCAUCGAUCCCCAAAAGAAGACAAUGUCAUUAACCACUCGAAAUUUAAAUGGCGGUUCAUUUCUUAGGUGUGAUGAAAAACUGACUUAUCAGCCUCACUCUUCCGACCCCAGCAAGACUAUCUUGAUGCAAGAGGCAAUCGUUACUAUAACUUUACCCGCGUUUGCUGACUAUUGUGAGAAAACGUUUCUUAAUGUUUAUUCCACAAACGCCAACAAGGGAAGAAAAGGAAUUGAAUGGGUUAUUGAUCAUCUAAAAAGAGAAUACAAUGAAAUUUCUGAUAAGUUCAGUUCUGAAGUACAUGGAAUGAGCGAAAAAGUCCGGCAUGCCUGGAAUGCCACUUCCCGCUAG